AUGAUGUAUACAGAUGACCUACAGUUUUUCUUUAUAAAGCAAAGGAAACAGUUUAACGAAUAUCAGGCUUUGGCCUGGCUAAAUAUUACUAUUUUAUACGAGUCACUAUGUCCAGACAGUGUGGACUUUUUUAUGGAACAAUUACAACCAGCUUGGUCUAGCUUGGCGCCCUAUACGAAUUUUACAUAUGUUCCAUUUGGAAAAGCAUAUUGUUUUAAGAAAGUGAAUCUGCACGAAUGGAAAGUUAGACAAUGUGAAAAUUCUGAUAUUGGCAACUCUUUGCAAUUGCUGGCUGAAAAUAUCACGCACCGGUUUAAUCCUGAGUUUAUACCAACAAUUUUGUUCAAUGAUUUAUAUUUCAGGAGCUUCCAAAACAUGGCUCUUAUGGAUUUUAAACAUGCUGCUUGUAAAUUUUUCCCUCCUGGACACGUAGCUUGCAUUUGA